AUGAGCGAAAAUACAAGUAAACAAUGGUCAACAGAAGAGAUAAUAAAACAUUCCGAUAACUGGUCAUUAGCUGGCGAUGUCGCUUUAUUGAAUACAAUUAAAUCAUUUGCAAACAAUCUGCUAAGCAAAGCUGAUAUUCUUAAUGAUAACGUUAAUAACCUAUUGCAUGGUUUAGAUGAAGUUAGUCUUAAGCUAGAUAUAUGCCAGAAUGAAUUCCAAAAUUUGAAAAACACCCAGUUCAUAGAGAGCAGAGUGUACGAUGAUGAUGAAGCGCUCGAUAGUAAAGACGUGGACGAUGAAACGUCCACAAAACCAGAAGACAAUGAGAGCGAUAUAUCAUUAACAGAUGAAAUUAAACUCCUCGAUGAGUACUAUGAAACGUUAGAAAUUUCUGGGAGUGAUAGCGAAGACGAGCUCGAAAAAAGUUUCGUAUUGAAAGAGAAGGAUAUUUACGAAGACCGGCAACUUCCACCUCUGAUCGGCUCAGAUGAAUGGUACAAGAAUUGGUACAUUAAAGAUGAAGAUGACGACUUGGACUCGAACGAAUCUUCAGAAAUCUACAGUGGAAGUUGCUCAGAUGAAGAUCUACCCAAAGACUUGUUCAAUGGGUCACAAACGAGUUCUGAAUUGGAAUUCUCAAAUAAAAUGAACGAUAAUGACUUGAUAGCAAAUUCAACAGUAAAACAAGAGUCCACAAUAUCUAGCGAAGAUAGCGAAAAUGCUAAUUCGUCUGUUCCUCAAGCUCCCGUAUCUAAUUUAACCUUUGCCGAGCAGCUUGCAGCCAAAUUGGAUAAUGUGAUAAGUAGAGACGAAAAUGUUAAUAAAAAGCCUAUUCAAAAGCAGAUGGUUGACCCAUUUUCAGCUGGAUUGUUCGCUGAUGAGCCGCCUCCUCUGAAUGAUUCAGAUGAAAUUAUAUCAGAAGAACCUAUAGUGAAAAAGCAACUUUUUGAUGAUGAAGAUAAUAAUUCGUUGUUUUGGCAAGAAUCUUCAAAGCCCAAUGAAGGUAUUAAAAGUGAAUCGAAUUUAAAGGUUAACAGAGAUAUGCUGAAAUCAUCGCAGGUAUCGAAAGGUUUGUUUGAUAGCGACAGUAGCGAUGACGAUUUAUUCAAUCCAAAAACGAAAAUUCCCGCCAAUAAACCUACGAUACUGCUGCCUAAUAAACCUAUUGUUCCUCUAUUCGAUGAAGAACCGCCUAGUUUGGAAAAUAGCCAAAAAUUCGUCGAACAACCAAAAAAAAAACCAGUAGGAGCUGUUUCGAUAUUUGGAGAAAAAGAUAUUGGAGAUAUAUUCAGCAAACCUCAACUGCAUGAUACUAAUGUAAAUAAACCGAACACUAAAAAGGAUUCGCCAAAGGAAGAGGCCAGUUUUCCAAAGAACGAAUCGUCUACAAGUCUAUUUGAUAGUAACAAAAACAACGUUAACAAAAAAAUAAGCAGUCUCUUCGAUGACAAUGAAGAUGAUGAAGAUGAUAUUUUUUCGAACACCAAGCAAACGAAAAAUUAUAGUCUCUUUGAUGAUGAUGAUGAUAAUGUAGAAUUUGACUAUAACAAGAAAAAAAUCGAUAAAAAGGCGAUAAGCUUAUUCGAUAGCGAAGAUGAAAGUUCCAAUAACAACAUAAGUGCCAAUGAAAAUAAAACCAAAAAAAAUAGUUUGUUCGAUUACGAUGAUGAAGAUAAUUUAAUGUUUUCCAACACGACUGAAAAAUCUGAUUCGAAAUUAUUAGGGAAGUCAGAGGAAACGAAAAAUUCGGAAGAUUCCCAUUCCAAUAAUGCUCAAGUUGCCGAAAAGGAAUUCAUUUCAGAUGUAAUCAAUGACAACAACAUUGAUGUAGAUACGAAAGGAAUUUUCGAAACUGUUCCAUCGCGAAAAACAGACACCUAUGAUAUUUCAAGUAAAAAAAUCAGUUUAUUCGAUGAUGAUGAAGAUGAAGACGAUCCACUCUUCUCUUCCAUUACCAAAAAAUCCGAUUCCAAUCUACCCAAGCCCCAAGAACCCCAGCAACCGGAAGAUACUAUUACCGCAACCAACCCUCCGAUUAUAGAAAAACAAUUCGUUCCGGAUAAAAUGGACCAUUCCGAUGAUAGUUUAGAGGAAAUAUUCGCGAAGAAUUCGAGCGACAAGCGAGAAAAUACUGUAACAGAGGAAUCGAAUUCGGCUCGUCCGGUGAUUGGAUUGUUCGCUUCGAGCCCGCCGCCCGACGACGGCGACUGGGACACGAAAUCCGAUCAAUUCUCCGACACGGACGAUUUCGUUGCCUAUCGAAGAGACGAGAAUGUGAACAAAGCGCGCCUCUUCGACGAUGAUCCGCCCGACGAUGACGACGACAGUUUCGACGGAAUCGCCACACAAACUGAUACUAGAAUGGAUAAGGACAUAUCUGAUACAUAUGCUAACGAUGCUUCAUCCGAUAUAUUUAGCGAUAAGGCUGAUAAGAACGACGCGGAGUCGAGAUCGGUUGAUGCAAUGACGACGACACCUGGCGGGCUAUCGGAGGGAUUCCACGGAAAAGCGAAUUCAAGUGAAUCUAAUAAAACCGAAACUUCUCCUUCUAAUCCCCAAUUGGAUAUCAAAGAUAAAGACGUACGAAAGCCAAAUAAAAUAGCCGAUAUAACCGAGAGACUCAAUAAACCAAAACCAGCCAAACCAAUUCCAGGAUUGAAGACCAAUUCUCCUGGUAAAUUGAAACAAACACUGAACAUCAAUGUCAACGCGCUGUUGCCGGGUUUGUCUCAGCCGAAAAUAAAGCAUUUAACGAAAACUCAAGCGAAAGAUUCCGAUGAAAAUCAAACUCCAGCCACACCAGAAAUUAAAAUUGCCGAUGCUGAUGAUGGUAAAAGUAAAAUUGCCGAUCCUCAUGAUGGUAAGAGUAAAAUUGCCGAUGUUGAUGAUGGUAAGAGUAAAAUUGCCAGUAAAACCGAGCCGCAGAAACUCGCUGGAUUCGAUGUUCCCGAUCACAUAGAAAUUCUUCCCAGCAUAACCAAAGAAAGAGCUAAGAAUCCAGCGAAAAGGAGGCCAUCUACAAGAAGAGCUAGACAGCAGGCAAUACGUAAAUCUCUAAUUGAAAAUGACGACCUCGACUCUCCUGACGAAUUACCCUCAGCAACAACACCAGAAGGAAAAAAAUCCGAUCUACUCGAAGUUACAAUACCUGAAGUUACAAUACCUGAAGUUACAAUGCCAAUCAUAGAAAACGUGGAGACUGAAACAGUAGAAACUAAUACUAAUACUGAUAUUUCGAAGAAGGCAAACAAGUUGUUCAAUUCAGAAAGCGAAUCGGAUACUGAUGAUCUCUUCAAGGUUUCGAAGAAAAGCAAACCUAAAUCCUCGAUUAAAAAAUCCGAUGAAGUUGUUAAAAAGAGCGUUUCCGAAUCGAAUACUAGAGUUAGUCUGUUUGAUGAUAAAUCUGAUGAUGAUCUGUUUGAACAAUUGGGAAACAAGGAAAAAAAACCGAUGAAAUCGGAUAAGAAAAAGAUCGCCACUAAGAAGUCAUUGUUCGAUGAAGGUUCUAGUGAUGAAGAUGAUGAUGACGAACUAUUUUCAUCGAGGAGCGAUAAAAGAUCAGCAUCCAUUUCUAAACCGUUCGAAAAGACGAAUAAGCCAAUAAUAAAGAAACUGGAAAACGUGGAAACUAAAGAUGAUCCCCUAUCAAAUUUGUUGGAUUAA